AUGACCUACUACUGCACACCGGAGGUCUUGGCCUACGCUCAACGUUCUAGGUCUGAGCCCCCUUGCUCUGCUCAGCCACUAGUGACGGCGGGGGUCCUGAAGCCCGACAUCGUUGCCUCGAGAGAUGAACAAACGGUCAUCCUGGAUGUCCAGAUUGUGGGCACUGGAAUAGCCCUUGAACUGGCCCACGGCCACAAGACUCUAAAAUACAGCGGUCGCGACCUAUGGGACCAGGUGUGUAGCGGGGGCCCUGAUCCACUAGUCUCAAGCGUAACUCAUUCUUUCCGAGGCGUAUGGGCCAAAGCCAGCGCGGACAUCCUGCUGGACUUAGGACUCCGCAAGCGAGACAUUUCAACUAUAGCUAUCAUGACAUUGCAAGGAGGUGCGGACUGUUGA